AUGUUAAAUGUCGAGUGCCGUAUCGACAUAUCGAAGCAUGUGCAGUUGCGCAGGGCUCCGGAUAUUAUGCGAGGAUUGCUCUCUGAGGAAAAAGGCCAUGGUGAUGACGAUAGAAACUGUCCUCAUUGCGGAAAUACAUCUCCCAAGUUAACACCUUCAGGGAGAUUGCGAUCAUGGACCAUGUUGAUCAUGAUAUACGGCAUUGUUGCAGCAUUCACUCUCAUUGGCAUGGCUACACUACUUUCCUCGAGUCGAAAUACCUUCCUCAAACUACCAGAAAUGAAAUCAAGUCAUCGGCCAUCAUUGUGGACUCCCUUUGCAGAUGGGAUUCGGUACGAAAUCGAAACGGCUCCAUCUGAUCUUUGGGCGAAUAAUAUUUACAUGGGAGAGCCAUGCAAUGAAUCAGAACGGGCAUGGAAUAAUCUUAUACAUCCAAAUCGAGGACAUGGUGUUAGGCUUUACCGUGAGGAAGCUGCGAGGCUAGAUAUUAACAAGAGUAUACUUUUACAGGAUAACAACUUUGCUGUCAUUCUUACAGUUCAUCAUAAUCUUCAUUGUCUGAGACGACUCCGACAGUCCUUUUUUCCUGAACAUUACUAUGCCAAUUGGACGGAUGAAGAUCGAGCAGAUGAUAGACAUCAUCAAUUACAUUGUCUCGAAUCUCUUCGAUCAUCCAUGAUCUGUCAACCGGACCUAGCACCGCUCCCCUACUAUUGGUCUGGUAAUAUAAGACAUGAUAUGAACGCAAGUCCGCAAUCCAAACGUGAAUGUGUUAACUGGGGUGUAUUUUCCGAAUACUUGAAGGGGAGAAGUUACAAAAGAAUUGGACAUUCAACUGGAGAGAGCCGGUACUACUCCAUUCACAAAUCGGAAGCUCUCUUCUUGGCCAAGUCAUCCGCACGUCUGUCAAACACAAAGGCAAAGCUUGAAUGUUCGGAAGAGAAAGGAUGUACAAGCUGGUCGUACCAAUCAGGCUUAAUUUUGUUACUUAUCAAAAUGACAUCGGGGUCCCAACUUACACCGUGUACAGACUCCCCUUGCGGAGUACAUGAUACAAGCGCGGAGGUUUCACUUCGUCCUUCCAACGGUGAUGGUUUCCAUUCUUUGGAAAAGGAAAAGCAGAAAUCAGAGCCUCUUGUGACUGGACAUGAUCUCAACAAUGAUAACCCAUCACUCACAGAUUGGGCAAUCGAUCCCCAGAACCCAACAAACUGGUCUUCUAUACGCAAAUGGACGACUAUAAUUCUUCUCGUAGUCACAAACUUCAUAGCAUCAACAUGUACUUCAGCAUUCGAGCCCGCGCUCCCCUCCAUAAUGGCCGAUUUUCACUCUGCCAACGGUUCAAUUGCCUCUCUCACCAUCUCCAUCUACACAAUAGGCUACUGUCUCGGACCUCUUCUCAUCGCUCCUAUAAGUGAAUUAUACGGCCAUGUGACUGUGUUAUAUCCUGGAUACAUCGGCUUUAUGCUAGCUCUAGCUGUCUGUGGUUCGAGCAGGAGUCUUCCUUUAUUUGUGGUGUUCCGUGCUAUUAUGGGUCUUGCGGCCAUCACGUUUGUACUCAUGGGUCCUGCGAUUGUGGCAGAUCUUAUUCCCAGGGAACAAAGAGGAUUGGCGUUGAGUAUUAUGUCUACGGGGCCUGUCGUUUUAGGUCCUGUUAUUGGUGGUUAUAUCGUGGAAAACGCCAGUUGGAGAUGGAUUUUCUACUCAACUUUAAUUGCUUUUGGUGUUUUAUCCUCUCUAUCCCUUGUCAUUCUCAACGAGACGUACGAACCCGUAGUCUUGAAUCGAAAGCAAAAUAAAGGAGGGAAAAGCCUACCCACAAGUCAAAAGAUCACAACUCCCAAAACUCCUCGAGAGACUCUGCAAGCAGCCUGGACCCGUCCCUUUAAAAUGCUCUUCCUCUCACCUAUCGUUCCCUUUGUAGGCUUCUACAGCGCCCUAAGCAACGCCUACGGAAUGGUAUGUUUCGCGACCCUCGGCACCGUCUUUCAAGACAACUACUCCUUUACACCCGGUAAGAGCGGGCUAGCAUAUCUUGGUCUCAUGGUCGGUUUCCUCUUCUGCCAACUAUCCCUUGCCCGAUUUUCCGACCGUCAUAUGCUCAAAAUGGAAGUGAAAAAUAACGACAAGCGCCCGGAAUAUCGUCUGCCACCCAUGUUCAUCGGUGCAUUUCUCCUCCCCAUAGGAUUUUUCUGGUACGGAUGGUCUCUUGAAUAUCAUGCCCAUUGGAUCGUUCCUAUUCUUGGAAGUUCAGUUAUUGCGAUUGGUAUUCUAUUUAGCUAUCUGCCAGUACAGAUGUAUCUUGUAGAUACAUAUACUAUCUAUGCUGCGAGCGCUACUGGAGCAUGCACCAUCAUCCGUUCGAUCUGUUCGACUUUGAUCCCGUUGAGUGCUAAUCCUCUAUAUGUUGAUUUGGGGUAUGGAUGGGGUAACAGUGUCUUGGCGUUCAUUGCGAUAGGAUUUGUGCCAAUUGCUUUGCUAGUGUUGAGAUAUGGGGAGAGAAUUAGAACGAAUCCACGCUUUCAACCGAAGCUCUGA